AUGAAGAAGUACCUCAUCCUCAUCAUCUUCUGCAUAGUGGUUUGUCUUCUUAACGCCUGGCUGAAAGCAACCUGGUCUCCAUCGGCUGUCAUCUUCUCCAGCUCCAACCACAACACCAAACUCCAACCCAACUUGACCGUCCUGCUGUGGUACUGGCCCUUUGGCAUCCCAGAGGACCUCCACGGGGACGUGUGCUGGGACCUCUACCGCAUCCCAGGCUGCAGAGUCGUGACGGAAAGGUCUUUGUUUUCAGAGGCGGACGUGGUGGUGUUCCACAACAAAGAACUGGUGAUUAAACGGGAGAAACUGCCGAUGGAGCUCCCCAGGCCGCCGGGCCAGAGGUGGGCUUGGCUGUCCAUGGAGUCCCCUGCCAACAAUGGAGACGUGAAGGGAUUAGGGGGGGUCUUCAACCUCACAGUGAGCUACAGUAGGGAUGCAGAUGUCAGCAUUCCAUACGGUGAGCUUCUACCACGGGGACCUGAAGAUGUAGUGGAGGACAACCUACAGAAUAAAACCGAUCUGGUCUGCUGGGUGGUCAGCAACUACAAGCUUUCCCACACAAGAACCAAACUGUGCAAAGAACUCACGAACAUCAUCCCCUUGAAGGUCUACGGAAGACUCACCACUCCUCUCAAGCCGGAAGAACUUCUUCCCACCCUCUCUCGCUGCUACUUCUACUUGGCCUUCGAGAACUCCCUCUCCAAAGAUUACAUCACCGAGAAGCUGUGGAGGAAUGCUUUUCAAUCCGGGGCGGUUCCGGUGGUCCUGGGAGCGCCGUUGCAAGAUUACAAAGAUGUGGCGCCUCCUCACUCUUUCAUCCACGUUGACGAGUUUGCUUCGGUGAAAGAGCUGGCAGAGUAUCUGCACAAUCUGGCGGGCGACCCCGAACGCUAUGGCGAGUAUCUGCGAUGGAGGACAGACUGGAAGGCAAAGACUGACGACAGCUAUCGCUGGGUACUGUGUCAGGUCUGCGCGCAGUACCACAGCUUCCCUCAGCACAAGGUCUAUGCUGACCUGGCAGCCUGGCAAGCCGAGGCUACGGUCUGAGCUUGCAGCGUACACAAGAACACAGGAGGAACCUCUGGAGUCCAUCUUUAGCAUCCAGGAAAUAUUUGUUCCUCGUCACAAAAAAUGUGUAAUGUGGGCGCUCCCAUUGUUUUUAUGUAACUCCAUGUCACUUAGAGUGCGGAUCUCGGAUAAUUUUUUUUUACCUCGAUUUCGGUACAGGGCGGCACGGCGGUCUAGUGGUUAGCGCGCAGACCUCACAGCUAGGAGACCAGGGUUCAAUUCCCACCCUCGGCCAUCUCUGUGUGGAGUUUGCAUGGUCUCCCCGUGCAUGCGUGGGUUUUCUCCGGGUACUCCGGUUUCCUCCCACAUUCCAAAAACAUGCUAGGUUAAUUGGCGACUCCAAAUUGUCCAUAGGUAUGAAUGUGAGUGUGAAUGGUUGUUUGUCUAUAUGUGCGCUGUGAUUGGCUGGCGACCAGUCCAGGGUG